ACACACACUCUUUACGCACGCAUCCACACACACGUACACACACACUGAGGGUGACUUGUAUAGGCAGCCAGCAGAGAGAGAGAGAGAGAGAGAGAGAGAGAGUGAGAGAGAAAUAGAGAGAGAGAGAGAGAGAGAGAGAGAGAGAGAGAGAGAGCGAGAGAAGCGCUCUCAGAAACAGAAAGGUACACAGAGAAGAGAGUGGACGACAGAAAGUAAGAGAAGGAGAAGGAGGACGGUGGCUCCUGAGCAUCUCCUGCGCACCUUUUCAUUCCUGCACGCUCCCGGAUCUUAAAAGUCUACACUUUACUUCAUCUACAUCGUGUUUGCUCCAGAGGGAGAUUAAAACUUUUGCAAAGAGGCAUUUUUAAAUUUUUUGGAGUUGAGAGAGACGCGAUUCCUGGAAGACUUUCGUUCAUUUUUUCCCCCCAAACCAAGUCUUUCCAUCCCUCGAGAAGUUUUAAAAAGUAAAGCCCUUGUUAGUUCCAGGGCUCGACUUCACUUUUUCCACGUGUCCCACGGUGUCCCAGCUUUUGACAUAAACGUGUCACCUUGAGAUUUUUGCUUGCCUUCAAGUUUCAGACUUUAAAAAAAACCCUUCAUUUUAAGUCACUGACCCACAAACGAGACCAAAAAUGAGAUUUCAAACAUCAGCACAGUCCCCAGCCUUGUGUGAUUAUUGUCCUAAAUGCUUAAAUCAUUAAAACAAAGUGAGUUUUAAUGGUUUUAUUUUUUCACUUUACAAGCUGAGGUGUGAUACUGAAGAUACGGGGAGCCGGGCAGCACAGCUCACCUGUAGCAUCUCCUCCGCUCAGCCGACACUUUGAUUUGCACUUUUUACGCACAGAAACGCCACUUUGUGACUAUUUUAAGAGAGAUUCAAUCUAUCUGAGAGGAGAAAUCGCACUCCACACAGUUCAUUCAUUCUGAAAACACAACCGCCUCUUGUCACUUGCAGAGGGCUUUGGAGUGCGUAAAGGAGAGUUACGCUUUUACGCAAAAAAAUCCCCCAAACUUCAAAAAUCCAACUUUUAAAUCACCCCGGGGAUCCAGAUCUACAGAUUUUUGUCACGAAUAUAAAGUUUAAAGAAACUUCAACGCAACUUUCACCAGCUUUUUGAAAGUCAUCCAGAGACAGCCGGACUCUCCAUCACCAUGCUGUUCGACAGUUUCGACCUCGUUUCGGCUCUGGCCACUCUGGCCGCCUGCCUGGUGUCCAUGGCUCUGCUCCUCGCCGUCUCCCAGCAGCUGUGGCAGCUUAGAUGGACGGCCACGCGGGAUAAAAACUGCAAGCUUCCCAUGCCCAAAGGAUCCAUGGGCUUCCCCUUCAUAGGCGAGACCUGCCACUGGCUCCUGCAGGGUUCGGGCUUCCAUGCAUCGCGGAGGCAGAAGUAUGGCAACGUGUUCAAGACCCACCUGCUGGGCCGCCCUCUGAUCCGGGUGACGGGCGCAGAGAAUGUGCGCAAGGUGCUGAUGGGUGAGCACACUCUGGUGACGGUGGACUGGCCUCAGAGCACCGCCACACUCCUGGGACCCAACUCACUGGCCAACAGCAUCGGAGACAUCCACCGCAAGAGGAGGAAGGUGUUUGCCAAAGUGUUCAGCCACGAGGCCUUGGAGUCCUACCUCCCGAAAAUCCAGCAGGUCAUCCAGGAGAGCCUUCGAGUAUGGAGCUCCAACCCUGAGCCCAUCAACGUCUACAGGGAGAGCCAGAGGUUGUCGUUCACCAUGGCGGUGAGGGUGCUGCUGGGAUUCAGGGUGUCAGAGGAGGAGAUGAGGCAUCUGUUCUCAACCUUCCAGGACUUUGUUGACAACCUGUUCAGCCUUCCCAUAGACCUGCCAUUUAGCGGCUACAGGAAGGGUAUCCGUGCACGAGACACCCUGCAAAAAAGCAUAGAGAAGGCCAUCAGGGAGAAGCCGCUGUGUUCCCAGGGCAAGGAUUACAGCGAUGCGCUGGACGUCCUGAUGGAGAGUGCCAAAGAGAACGGCACCGAGCUCACCAUGCAGGAACUAAAGGAGUCGACCAUAGAGCUGAUCUUUGCAGCCUUCGCCACCACGGCCAGCGCCAGCACCUCACUCAUCAUGCAGCUCCUCCGCCACCCUCCUGUCCUGGAGCGCCUGAGGGAGGAGCUCAGAGCCAGGGGUCUCCUCCACAAUGGCUGCCUCUGCCCUGAAGGAGAGCUGAGGCUGGACACCAUCGUGAGCCUCAAGUACCUGGACUGUGUCAUCAAGGAGGUCCUGAGACUCUUUACGCCCGUCUCAGGGGCCUACCGAACUGCCAUGCAGACCUUCGAACUUGACGGAGUCCAAAUUCCAAAGGGCUGGAGUGUGAUGUACAGCAUUCGGGACACUCAUGACACCUCAGCUGUAUUCAAGGAUGUAGAUGCCUUCGACCCUGACCGCUUCAGCCAGGAGCGGGGAGAAGACAAAGAGGGACGCUUCCACUACCUGCCCUUUGGCGGUGGUGUCCGGUCCUGCCUGGGCAAGCAGCUGGCCACCCUCUUCCUUCGCAUCCUGGCUAUUGAGCUAGCCAGCACCAGCCGUUUCGAGCUGGCCACCCGGCAGUUCCCCCGCGUGGUCACAGUACCCGUGGUCCACCCGGUCGAUGGGCUGAAGGUCAAGUUCUACGGCUUGGACUCCAACCAGAACGAGAUCAUGGCCAAGUCGGAAGAGCUGCUGGGAGCGACUGUUUGAAGAGCAGAGAGUUGACGAGUAGGAGGGGUGAGUGAUUGAAGAAGUCUUUAGGGAGAAGAUUGAAGGAAGGAAAGAAGAAGAAGAGUUAUUUUUUCUUCUCCACCUUUGCUCUGCCAAGUUGGAGGUUCCUUUUCAGACUAAAAGAAAAGCAGAAGGCUUCGUCUCUUGUUACAACUGAUGAUGAUCGGGACUUUCCUCUGAGAAAGGAAGAAGCUGCCAAAAAAGUUCUAUUCUGCUCUAUUCUGUGUAUUUUUUUAAAGAAAUAUACAAACAAAAUGUAUGUACAAAAAAGCUAUGUAAUAUAAUUUGAAAGAGAAUGUGGGUAGUGCACAAUGAGAGAAAGAUAAGUAUGGUGGUACUUUUGGUGAAAUGAAGCGUUGAAAUUAGAAAAGUAAAAGUAAAGACGGUUGUGGAAGGAAGGCGAGAUGGAUGAAACAGGGUAUAGGCUGAAAGAAUAUGAUAUUUUAGCAUUUUGCUUGUGCUUAAUCAAAUGCAGUGAACCAUUUCAGUUGUCUAGCAGGGUAAAAGAGAUGGCUAUAUAGACAGAAAGUUCUAGAUUUACUGGUCAAAACUGGUAAAUUUUGAGCCUGAAUUCUUCAUGGUGGCACCCAGAUUCAACUCAUGUUUUCUGCUUAUUGGAAAAAGAUUUGAAAGAAUGACAGAAAUCAGUAGUGGCUUUGUGUUUUCCAUCAAAGGUCCAUCAAGAUUCAAACUGUUUACUAGCUUACAGAUGCAGUCAAAAGGAUCAUAGCACAUUGGGUAGCAGGUUGUGGCACAGAUAGACUGUGUUGCUGAGCUUGUCAGAUUGGCGUUUGACCAUUUCUUCAAGCCAACUGUAACAUGAUGCAGUACAUACUUUGACUGGCUUAAAUUUGUACUCCUAAUUAGGGUCAAGUAUCAAUUCAGGCGGUGAAGGAAAGGGCUGCGCUUAGAAAUGAGGGAUGUAGUUCUGGUGGGGAAGAAAUACUGGCUGCAUAUUUUAAGGGGCGGAACACAUAACAUUUUGAAUUGAUGUAAAUGGGCAAUUUGUUUAAUUUCUUAUGUUCUUCUUUCCUGCUGUUUUUUCACAAAGCUGCCUCUUUAUGAUCCCAUAUUGCCUCCAUUUAUGUGUCGUACAGUAGAAUAAGCUCCAGUUCUCAAAUGACCAACACUACAACAAAACCAUAGAAAGGACAUAAAGAGAAGAACCGCAGAGCUUUUACUCAAGUGAUCUUAGUGCUUGAGUAAAAUAAGAGUGCAAUUAAAAUUAUAGUAAUGAAAAGGGGAACAAGGAAGAGAUUAAGUAGCUGUUCAGGGUAUUUCUUGAGGAGGUAAAUCCUUGCUAGAAGAUACCAUCAUUAUAGCUUUUACAUUCUCCAAACUGUUCCUUCUUGAGGUUCCAAAUUACAAACCCUAAAAUGUCAAAGUGAUUAAGAGACAAAAUGCAAACUGCACUCAUGAGAAAAAGAAACUGAAAAAAAAAGGAUUUAGAGGCUUUUCCAUCCUACCAUGUCUUAUUAUCUUUAUCUCUAGUGAAAACCUUGCAUUAUUCUUCUUUUGUCCCUGCUACCCACAGGUUGCCCAGCAGCAUUAACUCAAAAUAUUGCCCAUAUAUAUAUAUAUAUAUAUAUAUAUAUAUAUAUAUAUAUAUAUAUAUAUAUAGCGUAUCCCAGUAAUCUUGGUGGUGUGUGAACUCAGGUGCAGAGUAGACAUUGUGGUGAAUAACAAAUAAGCCUUUGCUUUUUGAUAUUUAACUCGAAUAUAAAUAAUGUCAUUUACUCACUGUUUAAGAGCUGGACCAAUUACUUUUUGAAAAGCUGUCAAUUACUUUCUGUCCACAUAAACAAAAAGAUAUCAGGGGUUUCCUGCCCUUGCUCUCACUUGACGUAUUACCUUCUGCAUCCAUUUUGUUAUCCCCCAAAGGAAGCAAUUUUGGUGAUGCAAGCAGAAUCUACCGACAUGAAUUCCCAAUUGGCAUCUCACAAGAUAAAAGUAACUGAAUCAAGUUCAAACAGUAAUGAGGUCUAGGUCUGCGUUGUAAACUCUCUGAACCUGUGCUUUGAUACAUAAACUACACUUUCAAGUUGCAUUGAGAUUGUUCUUUCUUGGAUAGUGACUUUACGCCGCAACGAGGAUAUGAUAAAGAACUAGCGCAACUUCCUGAGCUGGAGGAGGAGAAAAGACAGAGGGAUAUGGUGGAGGUGGAGAAGACCUACAUACAUGCUGCUUGAGUGUUGCUUUGUCAUUCUGUGUUUGUUUAUUUGUGUGCUGUUUUUAUUUUCCCAUCUCCUUGGGCAGCCAUUUUGAGUUCUGUGGAGAAAGUAACAUUCUGUCUUGCUGCUCCUUCAAUCAACGCUAAGAAUGCAAAACACAAUAAAUUUCAUGGUUUAAGCAACUUUAUUAGCUAAAAGAGAUUUAUUGUUUGAGGUGAUUGCACAAUCAGAACUCUCAGAGCUUUGUGUGUUCCAUAAUUGGAGAGGAAGAUUUUUUUUUUUUUUAUUAUUUCCCAUAUAUGGAAAGCUUCUGCAACAGAACUCUGGGACUUGUUAGUGGAACUCUUGGACAUUCUAGAAUCCUUGAUCAGAGUUCUAAGUUACAAAACGAAGCUUGGGAGAGGAGAACCGAUGAGGUUUCAGGGGAGCGCAGGGUCACGCUCAGAGGGCUUUUCCUAUUGGACGAUCCUGUUAUCCAGUAGCAUUCCAGAUGGAUUCUGCCCAUGCUAGACAAUGUUCACUUGUUCUACCAACCACACCACUGAUUUCUUCAUGAUAAAAAUAUAUAAAAAUAGAUUUUUUUUGCUGCUUUUCUUGUGUACAUUUUCUAAUUGAGAGUUCUAGAUUGCAAUAGUUUGUAUCGAGUGAGAUUUGCUAUUUCUUUCCCUAUAUAUAUAAAAUUUAGCUGAUUAAAAUAUUUGCAUUUUGUGAAAGCAAAAAGACCAUUAAUAGGUUAUAGUGUAUAUUAAUUUGUACAUUAUUCCUUUCUUUAGCAAGCCAUGGGGAAAGUAGCUAUUUACGUCUACUAAUAACCUAAUAUUAAUGUUAUUGUACAAUUAAUAAUGUUGUUAUAAGAUAUUUGAAAUGCUAUUUUUUAUUCUAUUACAGAUUUAGAGUUUUUAGCCUAAAUGAGAAGGUCUUUGGUAAAUAUUGGAUGUAUUUAGAAUGUUAUGUAUUUCAGUUAUAUUGUAAACAGUGUUUAAAAUGUUAAUAUUGUUGAUUUGAUUACUGUAAUAAUUAUUAUUUGUUUUGUUAUUCAGACUUAUUAUCACUGCAUUUUAUUUGAUAUUAAUUAUCAAAAACAGAAAGCACUUGCGAGGUAUGUCUAUUUUUUAAGUGCCAUGCGACUACACUUCCCCUUCCUCUCACCUAUUGGUUUCUCUGAACCUGUCAUGUCAUUCUGUACAUAAUAUUUGUAUUUCUUUUUACAGGAAAAAAUGUUCAUUUAGUUUAAAUAUGAAUGUCUUGUUCUACAUUCUUCCUUUCCCUUUUUGUUACCGUGAUUGUUAAAUGUACUCCUGUAAUAAAAUAUAAAGCAAAAAGAUA